UGGCUGUGCUGUCCUCGGUGCCUCUGGAGGCUGGGUGUCACUGUGGGUGGAGUGGGGUGGGGAGGGCGGUGCACGUCUCCAGCAGAUCCCUCCCGCCCCCCUCACACACGCUGUGACCAGCAGCCAGACAGCCAGACGGGCAGGCAGCCUUCUUACUACACCCGGCAGCACACACCACUGCAGUCACAGCAGCGUCUCAUGCCUUCACCUGCUCCGGGGUAGGCAGCCGUCCAUCAGUCCGUCCAGUCGAGCAGCCAGGGAGGUGGAAGCCUGAAACGUCCGGGUGAACAUGCUGGAAAACGGGAGGAAAGUGUUCAAGGAGGGUCUGCUGGAGAAGCGGAGCGACGGGCUGCUGCAGCUCUGGAAGAAGAAGCACUGCGUUCUGACCGAGGACGGCGUGCUGCUGCUGCCGCCCAAGCAGCACGACCAGCCGCAUCACCACCAGCCGCACCACGGCGGCGGCGGCGGCGGCGGGGACACUGGCAAAGUCAAAGAGCUGCACUUCGCCAACAUGAAGACGGUGGACUGUGUGGAGCGCAAGGGAAAGUACGUCUACUUCACGGUGGUCAUGACGGAAGGGAAGGAGAUCGACUUCAGGUGCCCGCAGGACGAAGGCUGGAACGCGGAGAUCACCUUGCAGAUGGUCCAGUACAAGAACCGGCAGGCGAUCCUGGCCGUCAAGUCCACCCGGCAGAAGCAGCAGCUGCUCGUCGUGCAGAUGCCCGGUCAGAAGACGGUCCGCAGCUCGCCAAAUGUAGCGUGACCUGCGGCGAGUCCCGCGGACAGUGGAGCGCCAUUAUCGGUUAAUUGGACACUCAGCUGGAGGAUGAAUAUCGAGCUGGGCUGCAUCUCCCCCCCCUGCCGCUUCACCACCGAGCUCCGCCCUCCAGGAGGACCCCUGUUCCAUGUAGUGGUUUCCACAAACCAGCGCCACCCCGUCCCCUUUUCAAUACAGAGACUUCUUUCACAAAAGACUUAUGGACAAAAAGCAUGUGAGAAAACAACUGUAUUCUACCGUGCGAUUGGGUUCAUCCCUUAUUUAUUAUAUGUGUAUAUAUAUUUUCUAUAAAAGAAAAAAAAAUGUUAUGUUGUUGAUGAAUGUUCAGUGUGGUUGUUGCCGGAGUGGAACAGCAAACAGUCGCUCAGACGUUCUUAGCCUACACGUUACUCACAAAGUCCACGGGGAAUGAGCUUUGGGUGGUUGCUGUGGGUGAGUCACAUCCGCUCAUUACCGGUGUGUCUUUGAUCAUGUAUUCAUUUUUUCAACAGAACCAAAGAAUCAUUUCAUCACGUUUCUCUCUGCAGUGUCACAACUCAGAAUAUACUAUACAAAAAUACUAUAGAUAUAUGAUGAGAUACCUGCAUGGCCUGCUCCUAAUUUGUUCGAUGGCUUGAUUUCUUAAUGCAGUACAUCUUAGUGUUUUCAUUGUGCGUAUCAGUAAUUUUCCAUCAUUUUACGUGGCCGCGUUCAAAAUCUGCUUUCUUGUGAGUCUUAAAUCUGUUCCUAGCUUAUUGCCCUCUGUUUGCUUUCAGUAGUUUCAGAGAAAAGCUUAGUGAUGUAUGAAGCAACAUUCACAGCGGAGUGACUUUGACAGUUUUCAGUGGUGGAGCUGCUCUAAAGGCAGUUUAAGUGGUUGGAUUCAAUCUGAGCACGUGUGGAUGUGCGAUCUGAAGUUUAAAACUGGAAGAGGAAAAGCAACUUGACAUUUAAAAUCCUCUUGCAAUUCUGAGUUACUUCCUCCGUGUUUAAACCAGGAGAAGCUCUUGCAGCUUGUAAACUGUGUUGCACCAUCUCCUUUUAUUCAGCCUCUGCCUCUGUUAGAGUGCAGCUGCUCCACAAAAGAUCCAAUCGUCUCUACAUCAUCAGGCUUGUGGAAUCAUAUGUUUUUGUCAAAACAUGUGCUUGUAUUUUGUUUAAUCACUUUCCGGGCCUUGACUAGAUCUGGUUUUGCCGUAUUCGUUGCAGAAAGUUGCGCAUUGGCUUCUGUAAGUUUGGGAAAACAUGUCACAUUAGAAUCUUUCUUUGCUGAGCCGGCAGACUUUCUGCUGACGCACGAAUGACACCAAGUUAAUUUUCUAUGACACAGCGUUGCUUGAGUUUUUCAUUUUCACUGGAUUCAAAAGCUCAAACUGUGAUAAUUGAGAGUUUUUUGGGACACACAGAAAACUGUAUUCCUAAUUCCUUCGUUCAUUUCAAAGACUUAAAGUCUUCCUGACGCAGCAUUUCUCCAAUAUGUGGUAACUGUGUGACAACAGGCGUUUGUGAGAGUUUUGUGCGAAAAAUAAACAUGUUUGUUAGUUAGCUGCUGACUUUCCAAUAUAACAUGACUUUUUCUACAUAACAACUAGCUAAGUUAGACUUAAACAGACUUCACCCACUGAUUUUUUACCACAACCAAUCAGAUUAUUCCUGUCUCUGUAGCAGCUCUGCCACUGAGAAAAGUUCAAAACGCUUUAUGUCUAAAUUGCAAUUUUGAAAUGGCAAGGCAUGAAAAAGAAGAAAAAGAGCAGACUAAACAACGUGAUUGUUGUGAAGCUUCCAGAGGCGUUGAUACACGGGGGUAACAUUUAGUGCAACGUGACAGCUAAUGGUCUCAAAAAUUGCCUCAGCAUUGUUUUUUUUUUCUUUCACGACUGGAACGUCUUGCAGUAAGGAAACAUUUUAUUUUCACUCUAGCUCAUGUUGUUUCCUGUUUGCUGGAAGUGUUUCCCACUGCUUUCCCCUCUCACCAGUGUAUCGCUUCCAAACCAACACAUGCCUCCGUGUUGUUGUCAUCUCCCACACAGGGUAAUAGCUAUGCCCUUUAUCUAAUGUGACUGGUGUGAUGCUUCUCUGACAUGCCUUCCUGUUGCCAUCAUUAAACACACAGUUAUAGCUGUGUCCUUUGUAGCCACUGUUUAAUUUCUUAUUUCAACGUGAGAUCUAUUUUCAUACCUCAGAAAGAUACAUUCCAUUAAAAAAAAAAAAGAGAGAAAAAAGAAAAACACAGCAAAGUGUCUCAUGUGG